AUGGGCAGUUCGGCUAGCACACAGCUGAGCGCGAGCACAAGUUCCAGUGAAGCCUCGUCACCGUCUACCAUUGCGACGUCAUCGCCGCCCGCGACUCCCACCGACAUCCUUGUCACAACCAGCACAGGUUUCACGAGCUCGACUGCUGUGCCAUCAUCAUCGAGCACACUCAUAACGAGCAGUACCAGCUCCACAAGCAUAGUCACCUCGUCCAUCUCCAAGACCACACCCGCCUUGUCAACCUCCUCCACCACUGCCCCCUCCUCUUCCGCGUUGGACACGCUCCCCAGCGUCAUCAUCGGGCCGUUGCCCACGCACAGCACCGCCGUCCCGCCCGCCGCCUACCGCUACAACCUCGACUACGCGAAGCAGCUCAACGCCGCCUUUGCAGGGCUCACGCCCGACUCGCCCUGCGAGCCCGGCAAGAUGGCCUGCCUUGGCCCGCGCACGCAGGGUGGCUGCGCGGCAAAUUCGCGCUACGUGCCCGUGCCGUGCGAGGGUAAGCAGAUCUGCGUGGCCCUGCCCAUGGCCACCGUCGACGGCGUCGUCAUCGGCUGCUCCGACCCGGACAAGGCGAUGGCGAUCCUCAACAUCGCUGCCUCCCGCCUCGUCUGCCCCGGCCUCGUCUACGUCGACGCCAACAUCAGCCCUGGCUUCGCCCCCGUCGACAACGACGACGACAUCCACCUCGCAACCGGCAAGCUCACCGACGACGAAGCCGGACACGACAUCGGUGAUCACCGUCACGAGCGUGCGGACGUCGUACAUUACCGUGACCACUGCUCCGCCCAGCACAUCCACACCGCCCCCCUCGACAUCGUCAUCCGCAUCGACUCCCGCACCGCCAUCAUCAUCACCCAUUCCAGCACCGACAACUUCAUCCCCUCUUCGACGGCGUUCCCUCCGGCCUCGUCCCUGCCGGACAGCACAGCGGCGAACCCGGCCUGGCGAUCCGGCGACGAAAUCAUCAUCACGCGCCCCGCACCGCCGGCCUCGCUCCCGCCCGUCACCAGCAACGUCGUCGUGCCCAUCAACAAGAACGGCAGCCCGACCACAACCGCGCGCGUGUCCCAGGCGGACGAGGACGCCGCGGGGCGGCCGCCGCGGACCACCAAGCUGGUCGGCGGCGUCCCGACGGUGGUGUACACGGUCACGCAGACGGCGACGGUGACGGAGCGCGAGACGGUGACCAGCCGCGAGACGGUGACGAGUCGCGAGACGGUGACGCUCAUCAUCACGCAAUCCUUGUGA